AUGGGGAUUCCAGUAGAUAUCUAUGAUAACUCUAUUGAAAUAUUGAAAAAGAACAAGAAAAUCCUAUCUUCAGUUACUGAAACCAUUCAAGAAGGAUUACGCCACACGUUAAUAGAUUCGUUAUCAUCAUCUAUUGAAAGAAUACAAAGAAAUGAUCAGAGAAAUAUAUCUUUACAAUCCAAUAAUGGUUAUAAUAAUGAAAUCCCUUCUAAUGGUAUUCCCUUCCGAUGGACUUUGACAAGGUCUAAUAAUAUUUUAUUGAAUUCUGGUGAUAUGCAAGGGCUAAAGGCUAUUAACUCCAAGAAUGGUCCUUAUUGGAUCAUUCAUUCUACUCAUAAAAUCAUCAUCUAUGAUUACCUUAAUAAUAAAUUGAUUCAAGUGUCAUCCUUAGAAAAUGGCUUAUAUUUAGGUCCAUGGAAUAAUCCAAUCACUUGUAUCGAUUGUAAUGUCAUUGAUAAUGAUUCAAUCUUAAAUAUUUUAGUGGGUCAAGAAUCUGGCAGAUUGUUUUUAUUGAAAUAUAAUUUAUCAAGUGAUAUGAUUAUUGAUCAAACCGUAUUGGCUGUCGGUAGAAGAAACCAGCCUGAAUCCAAUAUUUUAGAUUGUUCCACCAUGUUAUUGCCAGAUUAUUGUAUUGCAUUUUCCAAUUUAGAUGGAUUAGUAUUUUAUGAGUUGAAUAGAGAUACACCAGCUAUCUUAAGACAUCGUUGGAAUAUUUUUGCAGAUUCUGAUCAUUUACAAAACUCAAGUUUGAAUUCUUCAAGUAUCUUAGGCUUGAAUGGUUGUAUUAUUGAUUUUCCCAAGCUAUUAUUAUUCGAUUCCACAAAUAUUUGGUAUUUCCAUGAUAUAUUGGAUGAUUCUUCUUCCUCUUCAUCGAUAAAUAAUAUUCCAUUGCCAUUGACUUUGAAACCAGGUGAAAUCAUUACAAAAAUCAAUCCCGUUCUCAACAGCGAUUCAUUGAUCUUGGAAACCACUCAACGAAUCUUGGAAGUCAACACAAACUCUGCCAAUCCAUCAUCCCCCACCAUGUCAAAUAACAACGUCUUUUACAGAUCUCCUGGCACUUGUCAUGUCACAGGUGAUUUGGAUUAUAUAUUCGCCUGUGAAGAACAUCUAUACGGCACUGCAUUAAGUAUUUACACGAAUAAUUUGUCUUCAAACGAAUGGUCUUUCUUAGGAUGCUGCGAUUUGAAAGCAAGUUUCGGAGUAAGCCAUAUCAAGGGCAUUUAUCGUUCAAGUAAUAACACGUUAAUUGUAUUAGUCGAAGGUUCAACAGGUGAAUAUUGCCUACAGACUUUACACAUCGUUUACUAG